AAGAAGCGUGAAUGUAUUAAAAUGUCUUUAAAGGACUGAUGCUCCAGAAAUAUAUCGGCAAGCUCAGACAUGUCUAACAUAAUGAUAUUUCUAUUUUUGUUUGACUUGUGGAACUUAGUUUGAACUAAAAAUUGAGCUACAGAUCAGCUGGAGAAGACCUGUUUCCUCAGAAAUUUGCUAGUUUAAUUACAAUUUUUAAAAGUAAACUCAAGGAACUUCAAUUAGAAGUUUUGAUAUUAAUCCCUUGGAGUAUCUAUAUGACUACCUGAAUAUUUUAGUUACCUUUCAGCUUUUGCAGUUGUGGAAGAACAGACUGCAUCAGACUUAAAAAAAAAAAAACAGAUAAAAGGAAGCAAAAAAAGAAAUCUCUUCAGAAACUUUGAAUGAGAUGGCAGAGGCUUCAGUGGAUCCCUUAACUCUCCCUGUAGUAAGGAAAAAGAAGAGUUUGUCUAUUGAAGAAAAGAUUGACAUCAUAAACGCAGUAGAAACUGGUAAGAAAAAAGCCGAGAUUGCAGCCAAAUAUGGAAUAAAGAAAAAUUCACUGUCUUCAAUUAUGAAGAAUAAAAACAAGAUUCUUGAAGCCUUUGAAUCGUUAAGAUUUGAUCCCAAAAGAAAAAGACUUAGAACUGCUUUUUACACAGAUCUGGAGGAGGCAUUAAUGAGAUGGUAUCGAAUCUCCCAGUGUUUAAAUGUACCAGUUAAUGGUCCAAUGUUGCGUCUCAAAGCUAAUGAUUUUGCUCAGAAACUAGGACAUAAUGAUUUUAAGUGCAGUAAUGGUUGGCUAGACCGCUUUAAAUCAAGAUAUGGUUUAGUGUUCAGAUCUCAGCCAGUGGAAACUACAAUAGUUUCAAUAGAUGCUGAGACUGCCUGGUCUCAAAAUGUGCUUCUGUGUUAUUUAAAUGAUUAUCACUCCAAGGAUAUAUUUAACCUAAAAGAGACUGGAUUGCUCUAUAGAAUGUUGCCUACUAAUACUUUUGCAUUUAAGGGGGAAGCAUGUUCAGUUGGAAAACUGUGCAAAGAAAGGAUAACUCUGGUGGUCGGGGCAAAUAUGGAUGGUUCAGAAAAGCUUCCUUUGCUUAUUAUUGGGAAAAAUAAAAACCCACAUUGUUUUAAAAAUGUAAAGUCACUGCCUGUAGAUUAUGAAGCAAACAGAAUGGCAUGGAUGACCUCAGAAAUCUUUGAACAAUGGAUGCAAAAGCUUGAUGAAAAAUUUCAAGCCCAGAAAAGGCAAGUUGUAAUUUUUCUUGAUUCUUUACCAGCACAUCCAGAAGUAAAGAUUCUAAAGUCCAUUCAACUAGUUUUUUUCCCUUCAUCUUUAUCUUCCAAAUUUGUAGCUAUGAAUCAAGGUGUUAUUAAAACCCUUAAGAUCAAAUAUCGAUUCUGUCUUGUCAAGAAAUUUUUUGAUUCUGUUGAAAGCAGCAAAGAAUUUACUUUCUCUCUGCUAGAUGCAGUUGAUAUGUUGCAUCUGUGUUGGAGGACUGUAACCCCAGAAACUAUUGUGGAGAGCUUUGAAAAAGCAGGAUUCAAAUCACAACAGGGACAAAGUGGAAAGACAAAUGUGGAGACUGAAAAUGGCUUAGAUUUAGGUACUUAUGCUCUACCUUCAGGAGUAGAAUUUCCCGAAGGUUUAUCUCUGGAAGAAUAUGCUUCCUUGGAUGAAGAUUUGGUGACAUGUGAAACAGCUUCAGAUAGUGAGGUGGCAAAAAGCAAAGAAGGUAAAACGAAUGAAAUUGACCGCUAUACUUCUGAUGAAGAGGAAGAAGAUGGGGCUCCAGAAGCUGAACUACCUUUACCAUCAAAAAAGGAGGCAGUGGCAGCUUUAGAAACCCUUAAAAAAUUUCUCAGAAGUCAGGAAAUUAAUAGCACACUUCAUGAUUCUUUAGCAGAUCUUGAAAAUUUUAUUCAGUGUUUGGCAUUUAAGUAAUUAUUCAAAGUAAGUUACCUAAAGAGUAAUAGACUGUUUUCUGAUUUGAUACUAAAAUUUUAGGAAUAUAAAUGGAAAGUAUACUAGGCUUGGUAAAAACAAAAAUGAAAAUCAGAUCUUUGUAGGAACUUGUGAUUUAAAUGGAAAAGCCUUUCAUUUGGG